CAUUACGGGAGAGGAGAGACGCACGAAGCAGACAAAGUAGCUUGAACACGCCCGCCAACCCGGCUGUGGGUUUUUCACCUUCCAGCCCGACCUUGCUGGCUGUUUGCGGCGGAGCUGUCGCUUCGCGCCGGCGUUAUGGAACAACAACUCACACCUGGCGGGUUGCCUACACCAGCUCAGCAACAGCAACAGCAACAGCGGCAACAGCAGGCUAUGCUACAGGGGACGCCUGGCAUGGGGGCGCCACCACCAGGACCUGGUAUUAACGGCAUGGUGGUGCAGCAGGCGGCAGCGGCAGCGUAUUCAGCUGGUCAGCACCCAGGGCUUGAAUCUGUUUCUGCACCGAGAAAUACAACCUCCCCUAUCCCUCCACCGAUACCAAAACCAGGCGCCCCGGUACAUUGGCCUGGGAAAGAAGGAGGACAAGCAGGGGCACCAGAGGGUUUACAAAAUACCGGUAAUGCAGGGGGGCAUGGUGCGGGAGGGACGGGUGUGGUGGCGGCGGCAGCGGUGGCGGCGGCAGCUGCAGCGGCGGCGGGAACCGGCGAAAGUCCGGCAACCUCUACGCAUGCGGCGCACGGUGCUGCUGCUGUGGCGCCGCCUGUAGCGGCGGUGACGGCGGCGCCGGCGCCGGCGCCGGCUCCCGUUCACCUCCCUGCAAGCGUUCAGCACCCCGCUUAUGGGGCACCUCGCCAGGUGGCACCAGCGGUGGCCGCUCAGCCUAUGGCCACGGUCGCCCCUCCUGUUGUGCACGGGGUAGCUCCAAAGGCAGCACCGCCGCCGGCGCUGACUGUAUCUGGACACCCUGGAGCCGGCUCUGCGCCGCCGCCGCCGGCGAUGGCUGUGACUGGGCACCCUGGAAACGUCUCUGCCGCGCCGCCGGCGACAGCUGUGGCUGGACACCCUGGAAACGUCUCUGCCCCGCCGCCCGCGCAGGCUGGGGCUGGACACCCUGGAACAGUCUCUGCCGCGCCGCCAGCGAUGACUGUGGCGGGGCAUCACGUCUCUGCCGCGCCGCCGGCGCAGGCUGUGGCUGGGCACCCUGGAAACGGGUCGGCGCCUCCACCGGCUGCGGUCCCAGCGACAGCCCCAGGAAGAACAAGUGGAGAAGGAGGAGUAAGUGGAGAAGGAGGAGCAGCGGAAGGAGAGGGAGGUGAUGCAGGAGGGGGCGGGGGACAAUCGGAAGGGCCGCAAGAGAACGAGGCCGCAGCAGCGCCCCGCCUCGCCGGGAAGAGACCGAGGGGGUCGAUGGCCGCGUCUGCCAACAAACGAGCGAAGGAGAUGCAGCUAAGGGACUUCAUACUGGCCGUCGAUGAGUACGGGUCUACCGUGCCCGGAGAGGCCACCAGGUUCCACCUGCAGAGGGGGGGGCUGACCACCUCCAACAGCCAGAUAGUGACGCUGAUGUCCUUGGCGGCUGACCAUCUGGUGGCGAGCAUCGUGCACGAGAGCUCCAUCUUUCGGAAUGUUCGCCUCCAGCAGGCGAGGGAGCAGGGCAGAGAGGCGGCCGAGCUGCUGGGAGAGGAGGGCCAGAUGCUCACGAACGAAGACUUGUCGCUGAGCUUGCUUAGCCGGGGCAUCGUUGUUUCAGAUAGCGGGCUGCUCGUCAAGGCCGCAGGGCCAGCCGCCGUCGCCGCUGCAGACCCCGCCGGAACCGGAAAGGACGACCGGUGACACAAUCGAACGGACGAUAGCUGUGGUGGUGCGAUGCUGGAGCCGGAGGACGUCGCGAGAGAGGAACAUGCCGCCGUCGAUGCAUGUCGAAGCCGUCAGAACAGGGCCUGAAGAUCCACCUAGGGCACGCCUCCCGUUUGGUGGCGGGAGGACUAGAUGAGGUACCCUUUUUUUUCGCCGAGGGAGUCAUUGCCGGUCUGGAUCAGGGGUUUAAACCCUUUAGGAGGAGGGGAAUCACCUUCAGGCUGCGGAAGCGCUGGCUCAAGGAGAAGGCGAGGCUUGCUUAUACGAAAGACGGGCCAUUUUCGAAGCGAUGCUGCCGCGUUUGGGUGGGUGCUGGAGUGAACUGCGAUAGCGGCGAAAGGAAAGGGCACCGCGAGGUGCAGAAGCUCCUUGAGAGCUCGCUCCAUUUCUUGAUGGGGUUUUAAUCUGUGAGCGCCGCAGCCGUUACUCGGUGGCCGUCGGCGGUGUCCUUCGCGCCUCACAUUUGCGAAACGGGGGACCGCGUGAGGGAGGAGAAAUACGAAGGCUGGGUUAGGACAGUAGGACAGGCGGGGAAUUGGGAC